AUGAUGACCGACGGAUACAGUGACAGUCCUCAGGGCUCGACCAUUUUCGAACUGAACAAUGGCAUGAAAAUACCCGCGCUCGGUUUUGGUGCUAUGAAACAAGGCUUAGUUCUUCCAGAAGAAGAGAGAGACUAUGUCCGCAGUCUCAUAGUACAAGCCAUUACAGCUGGAUAUCGCUUAAUCGAUACAUCUAAAAUCUAUGCAACUGAGGACCUUGUUGGAGAAGCCAUCAAGGAGUCUGGUGUGUCUCGGUCUGACAUUACUGUGGUGACGAAGCUAUCUAGUGAUGAUCACCAUGAUGUGCGCGCAGCCUUUGAGAGAUCACGGCGCACGCUCGAUACCUACAUUGAUAUCUACAUCAUGCAUUGGCCGCAAGGCUAUACGAAAGAUGUGUCACGCCCAUUGGUGCCUGAUGAGAGCCCGACCUAUAUAGAGGUCUACAAGGAAAUGGAAAAGCUAGUGGGUCCUGAUUGCAGAGCUAUUGGUGUCGGCAACCUCACACAGAAGACAUUGGACGUCUUGCUCAAGGAGACUGAAAUCCGGCCUGUGGUUAACGAAAUCGAGAUCCAUCCCCGGAAUCCCAAUACAAGAUUAGUCCCAUAUUGUCUGGAAAGAGGGAUUCGUCCAAUCGCAUGGGGCCCCUUAGCAGGCGGACCUACAAGCCAUUACUCGGACACCUCCUCAAUCUAUGAGAAUCCCCUCCUCCUCUCUCUUUCUUCACGUUACGAGCUCUCUGUCGGGGCUGUCAUCUUGUCGUGGCUCGUUCAACGUGGAAUCGCCGUCAUUCCGCAUUCAAGCUCACUAACUAGGCUGGCCGAGAAUAGACGCCUCGCAAAACUAACCGACGGGGAGAUCCAGGCGAUAAACUCUUUGCAUGAGGAAAUUGGGAGAACGUGGCUUAUCGAUUUUGUGCCCCCGGUCUGGAUGGAGGUACCAGGGAAGGGGAAGACGAUUAUGGGAUGGACAGUACAGGAGCUUGGCUGGGUAGAUGACAGGGGAGAAUGCUUGGUUUAA